UGUCCGGCAAUCCCUACCAGCAGGUGUCUGUAAGCCUGCCUCACAUACUGUACGCAGCGGCCAAUCCCUCAGUGGCACCCCUCACAUGAUACACUUCCACUCAAACAUGGCGCUGGACUUUGAAGAGGAAGAGUUUCGGGAAGCCUACAGAGAGAUAGAUGAACCCCGACUGGAGGGAGGGUGGGAGCUUUUCACUGACAGCUCAGGCAUUCAGAUCUACCGGCUGUACGACAAGAGAACAGGACUCUACAAAUACAAAAUCAUUGGUGGUCUUGCCUCCUGUACCCCAGAGCUCUGUGCAGAUGUAUAUAUGGAUUUAAAAUAUCGCAAAGAAUGGGAUGGGUAUGUCAAAGAGCUGUCUGAAAAGGUUUAUGAUGGGAAGCUAGUGAUUUACUGGGAGGUGAAGUACCCCUUUCCCAUGUCAAACAGAGAUUACAUAUACGUGCGUGAACGCCGGGAUAUGGAGGUGGACGGGCGGAAAAUCUGGGUUAUUCUGGCCAAGAGCACUUCUGUCUCCCAGUGUCCUGAGAAGUCUGGAGUCAUUCGGGUGUGUGACUAUAAGCAGAGCCUGGCAAUUGAGAGCGAUGGCAGAUCUGGAAUUAAAGUUUUCAUGAACUACUUUGAUAACCCGGGUGGAUCGAUUCCCUCAUGGCUUAUAAACUGGGCUGCCAAGAGCGGAGUGCCUUCAUUCAUCACAGACCUACAGAAAGCCUGCAACAACUAUGCCAGCUACUGCAAGCAAGUGAAGACAUGACUUCAAAGUGGCAGGAGCUGGAAAGGAUUUCCUUUAGACAAACAACCUGUGUGAAAAUUGUUUCAUUGCUUUAUAGUUCAGAGAGGGAUGGAAAUAAUUAAGUCUAAAACCAGCAACAAACAACUUGCAUUUUAUAACGCUGCAAUUUAUUUGUUCUUCUCCGAAAAUAACUUGAACUAACUAAAACACUUGCUUUGAAAUAGAUUCCUCUGCCUGUUUUCUUCCAUUCCUUAUCUUUCUGUGGCAUCUUUUGUAAUGCAAGACCCGGAUUAACCCUUUCAGUCCUGAAUUAUUUUUGUUGAAUUGAACAUAGAACAGGACAAAACUUACAUAGUUUUUUUUUUUUUUACCUGUAUUUUGGUAAGUGGGACUGUCAUUUGCCUUUUUAUCACUGAUGCAGAACCCAUGGUAACUUCUCAAGGUUUCUGUCCUCACAAGCUGUGGUAUUCUUUGAAACAGUUUGUCUUGUCAUUACAAUAGAGGGAUAUUUUACAUGGGUCGCACUUUCAGUGUAAAAAUCAUAUGCAAAGUGGUCUUGACUCAAGCUAUCAGUGCCUUGAGGUUCCACUGUGAUUUCCGAUAGCAUAUGUUAAUAUAGGGACUGAAAGGGUUAAUGCAGCGAUAUACCACAGCUUCUGUGUGGAUUAAUAUAAACUCUGAGCAGUUUGGUAUGGGUAUGAAAGAUCAGUUAUCUUAACUAAUAAUUUAAGGCUGUAUUGUUUUCACGGUUAUCAUGAAUUUCACGAUUUCCAUAAAAUUUUGCCAUUGCCUUGUAUCAUGUAGUUCCACGUGAAAUUUACCAUUUCGAAAAGAAUAGUGCAAAUUUAUCGUCAGAAUAAAAUACAGCUCUACUACUAAUGCAUUCCUUUCAUUUCGAUUCACUUUGCAUAUGAUUUUUACAUCCUGGUGAAGCAUACAGUCAUUAAGAUAACUGAGAUAUUCUCUACCUUGACCAAGUUUCUCUUUGACGUCACACUGGCAUGGCUUCAGUUAAAUGAGUGCUAAUCAUGCCUUGGUUUUAUUUCUUUAUUAACGUCAUCAUUGUCCACUUGGUGCUGAAGAUCCUUUAGUUCUUUGCCCAGGCUCGCUCCAUUAAGCCAGUAUUGCCUUUGGGAUUCAGAAUUCCAUGUAGAAUCCCCUUGUUAUUAACGUCAGCACACAACAGCUUUACGUCUUCAGGGACGGGCGAGGAAACUUUCCAAAGGCAUUCUGAUUAUUAACAAAAGAGCGAAAAGUCACUCAUGCGUUCUGACUGUUUGCUGCUUGUCACAGUAUGUUGCAUGCGUAUGGGGGCUCAAUCCGUCAUGGCCCGUUUGCUUUCUAUGAUAAUUCUGACUAGUUGCUCGCACAUAGCUUUUAUUGUAUAGUGGAUCACAUGAUAAUCACGUGAUCACACACAUUUUCAUGCAUUGCAGAUAUCUUUGACCAGGCAGUGUAGUUUUCACUUGGCCAGGCUCGUUUGGGUGAGCAGUUAUAGAGCUCUCUUGGAGGGGUGAGAAUCUGUAACGCCAGUGAAACACACACCACUGCAGUGUAUGAGAAUCCAGAUUGGAGAGUGGAGACAGAGCAAACUGCAGCAAACGCUUAGUACACAAGGUGUAUUGUUAUUUGAAAGUAAAAUGUGUUGUAUUGAAGCGGAGAGCCAGCUGGUGCUUCUGCCCUUAUUAAAUCUGCUGUUUCUGAUGAAA